AAUAUCUCUUCUGGGGUUUAACUCUAAUGAACAAGUAAUUUCUUCUAAAAUUGCCAAUGAUAUGUUCUGCCAACGAAUUUUCAACUCAUGUGGUUCACUUACCUUGUUCUGAUUAUGUCAUCCAAAGUAAUGCAAUGAUAUUCACGCCCCCGAAGAUAGAUGAACGAACCGCGGCACAAGGGCAACAUAUCAAACCUGCCUACCCUAAGAGCUACGUACGAUUUGUGAUACCCAAAAGGCUUUAGGUGACCUAUAUAAGUCUGGUUCUCUUGAAAUAAGCAUAACAUCACGUUACCAUGGGGUCUAACAGGGAGUUUGAUAUCGUCCUUCUCGGUCCUACCGGAUACAGCGGCAAAUUAUGCGUCCAGCACAUCGUCCAGAAUUUCCCUACGAAUCUGAAAUGGGCUCUUGCAGGACGUUCCUUGCAGAAGAUCGAGGGGGUUGCGCAGGAGGCCAAGCAGCUCAAUCCUGACCGCACCGAGCCAGCUUUGCUGGCUGUUCAGCUCACUCAAGCCGAAUUAAAUCCCCUGGCUCUUAGAACAAAACUCAUUAUCAACUGUGUCGGUCCAUACCAGUUGUAUUCUUCACCGGUGGUCGAGGCCUGCGCGAGGAAUGGAACCCAUUAUGUCGAUAUAACUGGAGAAACGCCAUGGAUUAAACAGAUGGUUGAAAAGUACCAUGAAACUGCCAAGUCAAACGGUGCGAUUAUCAUACCUUCCGUCGGCAUGGAAAGCGCUCCAGCCGACAUGUUGACCUGGGCUGUUGUGAAGGAGGUACGCGAAAAGUUCUCCUGCCACACCCGACAUGUUGCUUGCGCAAUUGAUGAAAUAAAGUCAUCCGGCGCCAGUGGCGGCACUCUUGCUACCAUCUUGGCCGCAUUCGAAAGCUUCUCCCUUAAGGAUCUUUCCAGCUCCAUGAAGCCAUUCGCUCUCGCAGCCUCUCCACCACCGCCGCCAAAGGACCUCCCCUCGGAGCCAAUCAUGGAUCGGGUUCUGGGAGUCCGCUCCGUCCGCGACAUGGGGAUUCUCGUCAACUCCCCCUCAUCAUUCGCAGACAUUACCAUCGUCCACCGAAGCAGUACAUUGAUGCCCGAGUUCUACGGCCCCAGGUUCUAUUUCCGCCAGUUCCUCCGCGUCCGGAACACUUUCAUUGGCAUCGUCUUCCACUAUGGCCUGAUGAUCGGCAUGGCCCUCUUGGCUCUCGCUCCAGUCCGCUGGCUUCUUAAGAAACUCAUCUUCGCGCCGGGCCAAGGGCCGCGCAUGGAGGACUCUCGAAACGAUCGGGUCCAGUACCGUGCGAUUGCUACCCCCGACCAAACCCCGGAGACGGGUAAGCGCGUCCUGGGUGUCCUCAGGUACGAGGGGACAAUGUACCGCAUGACUGGUAUGUUGGUGGCUGAGGCUGCCAUGGUCAUCCUAGAGCACGAAGACAAGGUCAGGAAAGUGUCUCGGGGCGGUCUCGUCACCACGGCUACCUUAGGACAGGAGUACCUAUGUCGGCUGGAGAAGGCGGGGUGCCAUGUUGAGACGCAGGUGCUGGAAUUCUAACGACUGGAUAACUGCGUCCUAUGUAUGAGAUAGCUACAUCUUGUUCUUUGUAAUUGUUUUACGGCUCGACGUUAGUCCUUUGUUUCUUUAGUUAUGAGUAGUUAUAAUAAUGUACCCUAAUCACAAACCACACAUAUGUACAAGAUGAUAUUCAAAAUAUACU